GAUUUAAUUGGUAUUUCAUGUCAUCAUGUGAAACGGCCUCUCCAUGUGGCCGAUCGGCAAAGCUUCCGACUCCGACCAAAAGCUCCCAACUUUUGACUCUAAACAAUGACAUCAAUCCAAUCUACUUGUGCAGUUGGACAUCCAUUGACGGAUUGUGCUCGCUGAUUAUUAUUCCUAUAGAAGGGAGAUAUGCUAUACGCAUCCUGCUAACUUCAAUAUGCAAGGACGCCUGCUGAUCUCCGCCCUCUCGCGGGGCUCCGCGCCCGUGGCUCGUCGCGCAUUUCAGUCGUUUCUACCAUGCAAUGCUCGCCACCAACAUCGGUUCCAACUAAAUAAUUGUCGGUCGCUCUCAACUUUGCCAAAUCUACCUCUCUUCCGAGCUCUUCAGGAUCACGACCAAUCUAGCCUUGCUGUCGUUCACAGCGCAUCGUCCCGCUCCUUUACCUACGGCAAUCUAGUUGCCGAUGUCGUUCGUGCAAAGGAAAGACUGCUUGAGUGUGCGGGAGGUCAGCAAGAUGGGCUUACAGGGGAGAGGGUUGCAUUCCUGGCGGAGAAUAGCUACGAUUACGUAGUGACUCUCCUUUCCAUUCUUGCUAGCGAUGCAAUCGCCUUACCCCUCUCUCCGGCCUUUCCCGUCGGGGAACUGAAAUAUAUUAUGGAUAAUUCCCAGGCCAAAGUGCUCGUUGCUACCGAAAAGUAUGCGGCUAAGGCACAGGAUAUAUUGAAGGCGGGUCUUGAACGGGAGCCCAUCCUUGAUGUCAAGGAGAAGAUCAAAACAGGGGCAAGCAUCUCGGAUCAAGUAAGUUUGCAGGACAUUGUGCAGGAGUCUCGUGGCGGAAUGAUGUUGUAUACCUCAGGCACCACCAAUAGACCGAAAGGCGUGUUGAUUCCGCAAUCGGCACUCACAGCGCAAGCAGCAUCUUUGCUAGAAGCAUGGAAAUAUUCUCCGGAGGAUCGGUUACUCCAUCUUCUCCCCCUGCAUCAUAUCCAUGGAACUGUGAAUGCCAUUGUAACGCCCAUUCUAGCUGGCUCGUCUAUUGAGUUCAUGUUCCCUUUUAACACUGAUGCUGUGUGGGAGAGGCUUGCGGCUCCGUUUCUGCCCGCAUCUUCCGUGAGCAAGAUUACUUUCCUUACGGCUGUCCCCACGAUCUACAACCGAUUGUUAUCUUCCUUCCCCAGCCUGUCCCCUGAUGUGCAAGAGGCAGCGAAGAAGGGCAUUGCGCCCGAGAAUCUACGUCUGAAUAUCUCUGGAUCGGCAGCUUUACCCACUCCUACUAAGCAAGCGUGGCAAGACCUCAGCAAUGGCAAUGUCCUCCUCGAGCGUUUUGGAAUGACAGAAGUCGGCAUGGCUAUCAGCUGCGGCCUCGACUUCGCCGAUCGGGUUGAUGGUAGUGUCGGGUGGGCACUACCGUCUGUGGAAGCUAGACUUGUGGAUACGGAGACAAACGAAGUCAUUCAGCCCGGAGAGGAAUAUGAUGCGAAUGGACGCGAGCGUGAAGGCGAAAUCCAACUCCGUGGCCCUACCAUUUUCCGUGAGUACUGGGCCAACGAGAAAGCUACAAACGAAGCCUUUGUCGACAGUGAUGAUGGCAAGAGCAAAUGGUUCAAGACUGGGGACGUUGCCACCCGUCGAGUUGUUGAGCAUGCCGGAAAGGGAACAAGUGGGGAUUGGGCACAGGGACCAAUGUAUUUCAUUCAAGGCCGACUGAGUGUGGACAUCAUUAAGACCGGCGGAGAAAAGGUCAGCGCAUUGGAGGUGGAAAGAGAGCUGCUAUCCCUUCCUCAAGUCAGCGAAGCAGCUGUUGUGGGUCUUCCUUCUGAGCAAUGGGGCCAGAAGGUUGCUGCUGUGGUCGUUCUCGAUACGGAAAAGGCUGCAAGAACUGGUCGCAAUGGCAAACCAUGGGGUGCUCUUGACAUGCGACGUGCCCUUAAAGAUCGCCUCGCAACUUAUAAGAUGCCCCAGGAGAUGAAGGUUCUCAGCGGACCGAUCCCAAGGAAUGCAAUGGGCAAAGUGAACAAAAAGACACUUGUUAAGGAGGUCUUUGGGAUCUAAUUACAUAUGGACUGUCAACGGUGUACUGUAUACGCGACUGUAUCUAUAUCUGCUUUUUGGAUAAAUUUCGCAUGUUUUUACCCUGGAAAUAUCUUCACCCACCUUGAAAAUCAAGAACGUGUCCCGCUGCACCGAAUGAACCUGAACCCGCCGGACACAGGAGACAUUGAUCCAUGUUACAUAGAUAAGGGGCGACGGGAACUUCUUGAGCUGGAUCCAUUGCCGCGUUCCUUGGCAAAAGACUGACUUCUUCGGGGUUCCUGAUCUAAACGCAAUCUGCAGCGGCUAAAUCCGGAGAUCACUCCGCAUCGGUUAAGGCGUUCAAGGACCGGCAAAACCCGCGAUUCUGCAAACCUGCAGCCU